AUGGAGAAGGCAUGGAUGAUUCAUCUGCCGGGAGUCAAUCUCAACGAGGCCAUUCGACGCAUGGAGAAUGGGGAGGAGAGCCCAAUUUUCCAUAACGAUGGCUCUGUCGCAACCGAAGAAGCACACGAGCCGGUCAAGACAGUGCCUCCGAGUGAGCAGCCUGAGUCGAGCCCUGCAGAAUACAGCAACGCCGAGGACUAUGAAUUCGACGAGUCUCAAGAUUUUGACAAUUCCACAGACGGCAUGGGCUUCCUGGUUGUAGAGCCUCGGAAAGCCGGUUACAUGGGCCCUCAAUCUGGCAUAGCUGCUCUAAAGUUCCUGCAAACCCUUCCGCUCUACAUGCCCAUCAAUAGCAUAAGUCCUCUCUCAUUGGAUGAUUUCAGUGCUCCCGACUCAUCAACAUCAUCGACUGCAGACAUCAGGGCAUUAGCCAAGCCACGGGAUGGCUCCUGGCCGCUUCUGUACAAUAUCGUCCUCGCUAUUGGAGCUUUCGUUGGUGACACGGACGCCACAAAAUGCGAUAUCCCAUUCUACAGAGCCGCGCGUAAACACCUCUCGAUGGAUAUUCCUGAAAAGGGAUCUUUGAGCUAUGUCCAGGCACUCGUGCUCAUGGCCAACUAUCUCCAGAAAAGGAACAAGCCCAAUUCGGGAUUCGUUCUCAUUGGCAUCGGGUUCAGUAUGGCACUCGCCAUUGGCUUGCAUCGCGAGUUCGGCUUGCCGCGCACGACUCCUUUUACAAUGGAGCUACGCCGCCGGGCAUGGUGGACACUGUUCAUAUUCGUGUCAGGAGCCCAACUGACUCUUGGACGACCAGCAGUCUCUCUUGUGGGCGUGAACGUACGCCUUCCAUCAGAUCUGGACGACCAAGACCUCGCUGUCGACAUGGAAGAACUGCCAGAGCCGAAAGACGGACCGACGGUGACUUCUUGUCUCAUCGCUCAGGUCAAGCUGGCUAAGAUAGCGAAUAUGGUUCAGGUCGAACUCCUGACGAACCAAAUCCCUAGUAGCGAAAAGGCCAUGAGCCUCGAUCGGAAUAUCGCAUCAUGGCAUAAAGAACUUCCUGCCUACUUUGACGGCCAACGGGUCUUGAAGCCGUGGUUCGAAAUACCGAAAAAAAUCCUCAUAUGGAGGUCCUUUCACUUGCGCGUUGUACUCAACCGGCCCAUCCUCUUCCAAGCCAUCACGGCAAGAUCGCAGCUCGCAACAUCUAUCGGUCCGAUUGGUUCGUGUCUUACCGCUGCCGAGGAAUGUGUUGAGUCGAUAUGCGACUUCUUAGAAUCCGGGGACAAGCAGAGUCGGGGCCUGGCAUGGUAUGCGACGUACUGGUUGAUUACUGCUAGCUUUGUACAGGCAACUUGCUAUCUAUAUGAUCCGGCACAUGGCCUAGCACCGGGUUGGAAAGCACAUCUCAAACGUGCAGUAGAUUGUCUAUCAAUCUUAGGCUCUGCGCAUGGCAUGGCUUUACGGGCGCGGGACAUACUUCAGAGACUUCUCGAUCAGGGCCGCUUCCUGCCACUCCCCAAUGACGCUGAGUCCGGUACGACCGUAGACUUCCCGCAGGGCGAUUGGCGUGAGUUCUGGGGACAGUCUGGAUUUCCGAGGAGAAAUUACACCACGUCCGCACCCACGCAAGUUCAAGCCAGCCAUGCCCUCCCGGCUAUGGACAUGGAUAUGAGCUUUCCCUGGUAUACCCAAGCCUCGUCUGAUGCAGAGCUUCUUGACGCUGCAGGUGGCAUCAUGCUGCAGAGCUAUUCCGACGCGGCUGGGCCCUACUUUGAAAACGGGUCAUGGAUGCCGGCUUGA